AUGCGCGAAGCCGUUCCAGACAAAGUGGCCCUCAGCGGUGCCCGGGCCGUCGUUGUGAAGGGAAUGUAUGCCUUUGUCGCAGGCACCUAUUCGCACACAUUGUCCAUUAUCGACAUCUCCCAGCCUGCGCAGAUGACUUUAACAGGAGCGUACCACGAUGCUGAUGACAUGCAGUUUCCGACCGGCAUCGACGUUUUUGACAACUUCGUGCUUGUCGCGAGCUCCUCCGGCCAUGCGCUGGUCAUCGUCGAUGUCUCGAACCCAGCGUCGCCGCAGAAAUACAGCGUUCUCAAAGAUGCUCCAAGCCUGCGAGAAGCACGAUGCGUCGUCGUGCAGGGCAAGUAUGCCUAUGUCGCCAGUGCCACGCCCAACGCACUUUCUGUUAUUGAUAUCUCGGACAUUCGCAAUCCUCUUCUUGUCUCCGUUGUGGAACGCGCAACUGCGGACAUGGCAAGCCACGUUGCUGUCGACUGCCGCUUUGCAUACGUGGCGAGUGCCUACAACGACGCCCUUACCGUCAUUGACAUCCGCGACCCGCGGGUACCUCGCUACGUUGGAACGCUGAAGGACAACUCCAAACAGAACGGCAUCGAGACGGUGGCUAUUUCAGGGAAGUACGGAGUUUUUGUCAGCCCGGCGACGGAUGCUAUGGUUGCAUGGCAGCUGCCGUAUUACUGCGAUGCAGGGUCUCCGUCCGAAACGCAGCAGUUUGGA